AUGUCUCCAUUGUGGCUGCUACUGGGCCUCUUGGCCCUGACUGGCUCCUCUGAAAGCAGCAACUGGGGAUGCUACGGGAACAUCCGCACGGUGAACACCCCAGGAGCAUCUUGCGGGAUUGGAAGACGCUAUGGCCUGACUUACUGCGGAGUCCGUGCCUCUGAAAGGCUGGCUGAAAUAGACAGACCAUAUCUGCUGAAAUAUCAACCUACGAUGAGACUCAUUGGCAAGAAAUACUGUGUGGAUCCUGCAGUGAUCGCUGGUCUCUUGUCUAGGGAGUCUCAGGGUGGCAACUUCGUGGUCGGCAUGGGCAACGUGGGCAAUGGAGUUGGGGUGGUACAGGGCCCAAAUGUCUACCCUCCCACAUCCUGGAAGAGUGAAUCCUGGGUUUCCCAGAAAACUGAGACAUUGACAUCUGUAAUCAAACAGGUCAAGGCUAGGUUUCCAACCUGGACCCCAGACCAAUACCUCAGAGGUGGACUCUGUGCCUACAGUAAGGGUCCCAGCUUUAUCCGAAGCGACCAGGACCUGAACUGUGACUUCUGCAAUGACGUCCUCGCACGAGCCAAAUACUUCAAGAAUCACGGCUUCUAG